CUCACUAAAAUGAUCUAGUUCUAACGUCCGUAUACUGCAUGUACUUCAUAUCACUAGUUCUUAUCGAUCAUCAAUUUGUCACUGCAUCAUGGUCUCGAGCGCCUUUCCUUGGUUCAAAUUCACGCAUUGUUGAGGGCCUAGAGUUACAUUUUCCGCUCCCCACAUGGAUCCCAUCACCAAUGGUCUCACUGUUCUUCAGGUCGUUCAAACGAUAGCACAAGCUUCAGCUCUUUUGUUAGGAUAUGUUACUUCUGUCCGCGACGCCGACUCGUCCUGUCAGACUCUGCUUAAUGAACUCCGUUCAAUCGGGGGUGUCCUGACCACAUUCAUGGGAAUCAAUGACAAUGCCUCUCUUCCACCCGCACUCUGCGAUGCACUUUCACGUUUAAUGGCUAAUGAUGGACCUCUCGUGAAAUUACAGGGAGAACUGCAGAACCUUCUGCCAACCGAUCAGGAGAGUAGGAAAAUGGGCAUGAGGGACAAAUUGACGUGGCCAUUCAAGGAAAAGAAAGCAACAGCGAUCGUCGAUAAAUUGAAAGGAUAUUGUGGCGAAAUUACAAACAUCCUAGCAAUCGACACAUGGAUGACUAGGGAAACGCACGGGUACGGGUAACACCGCGGUUCUAUGCUGACGGGUUUGGAGGGUACGGGUACGGAGUAGGAUAGUCG